AUGGAGCAUACCUCAGAACGACGUUAUCCCAGUAACACUAAACUCGAGCAUGAGUGCAGCAGUACGGCGGGUCUAGCCGAGCAAAUGUUAUGCCUGUUGAAGCCCCUCCUAUUGGCGCACCAGGAGGUCGUAUUGUCGCGCCUGGAUCAAGUAGAGCAAUCGGUGCAAGAGGUGUCUAUGGACUUGGAGGACUUGAGAACAGGAUUCAAGAUCUUCUUUGACGAAUAUAGGGUUGAAUGGGACGGCGAUCCAGAAGCUACUCGAGGCCAGGGAUACCCGAAACCGCCUGUUCAUAAUGAUAUCCCCUGUGACGAGUAUGUCAAAGCAUCGUUGGGCCCUGUCAAUUGGGCGAACACGACUAAUAUGCUGCCCCAUGCGAGCCCUCGCUACAACUCUGUCAGCACCGCAGAUUCGGAUGCUCAUGAACAUGAAGAGGAGCUCCGCGCACCUAAGCCUUUGCAUAAUGCAAUGCCAGAUUCUUCCUAUGCGCUGAAAAUGUCUCCGGAAUCACCUAAUAGACCACUUCAUCACUUUCCCUUACCCACUCCAUCGUCGUCGAGCCCUUUAAUCAGCAGGACACGCGAACUCGAGCACCAGUCACCUCCAGGGUUCCUCAGAUCACCGCCCGAUAGCUCCAGCACAACACCGCAGCCAAUUAUCUCUGAGGAAGACCAACAACCGCCUAAUGAUUAUGCACCCUUGGACCCUGUCAAUCGGGUGGAGACGAUUAAUCCACUGCCUAAUGCGAAUCCUCGCUCUGCCUCUGCCAGCACCGUAGCUUCGAACGGUGGGGAACAGGGAGAGGGGCCCUGCACAUCCAAGGCUCUAUGUGAUGGUGCGGUGCAUGCGAACGCCCCGAUCCGCGAGCUGAAAGAGUCUGUUGAGUUGCCUCAUCGUUUUCCCUUGCUCACACCAUCGUCCCCGAGCCCUUCCAUCGGUAGAACACGCGGGAACGAGUCGCCUACGGACUUCUCCAGAUCGGCGCCUGAUGCCAAUGGUUCUUCUAUGCCCUGUAGCGAACCGCAGGCCAUCCAAGUCGCCUCUGAAGAAGAGCAACAAUUAUCUACACCUACUUCGGCGACGGAAAACAUCGCGGCUGCCAUUUCUGAUCCUCCCACUAACACUCUGCGUCUCCCGCAUGCACGUACUCCUUUGGCUGUCCAGCCAGUUACCCCACCAGCUAGCAAUCACCCCACAUCGAGCUCCCCGAACACGGGGGAUGAGGACCGCAUGUUUUCGCGUUUCCUGAAUAAUGAAGCCAUGAUGUGCACGGCGUCUGCCCAAGAAGACCUAUCAAAUUCAACCACUCCAGGAGCCGGACCAUCAACCUUCCUGGAAGGUACUCAUACUACUAGUAUGAUGGUUGUCCCCCAGCCUGAGCCUGCUGCUCGUGACGGAUCUGUUGGGUCGAGCGAGUACGAUGCCCUCGCUGCGGAAUCUCUCCUCUUCGCACGCGAACAUUCACAUCCUGAUCUUGAUGCUCAGAGCCCGCCGAUUUACCACGACGACAAGCAUGAGCAUCAUGAGCAUCUACGCACUAACGGUGCUCAACAACCCUGCAUUGGUCUUAUGUCAAUGAAGGCAGAGAUACAAAACUGUAUGUCUAUGAUGGGCACUGUCGACCCUACGCAUACAAGCACGCUUUCUCCCCUCUCUUCCCUUUCUUCUUUAUCCCCGUCUCCCGAACCACGCAUGCUUACAUCAACAUCAACCCAUGUCUCUGCGCCGAUUCAGAGCACACAGCCGAAGCUCAUCUCUAAACUGAAUGCAAAUGUCUCGAACAGGAGGAAGAGCGCGGCCGCUACGCGUAUUAGGAAGCGCAAGCAUCAGCCCAAAGAGGGAGAGAAUGAAGGCGUUGCUAGCACCAGUACGUCUGAGACGGGGACCGAGCCCCCCACGAAACGAUUUAAAUCAAGCGGGAGCGGGGUGGGAGAGCUGGACGAGUCCGCCCGAUCAGCUAUACAAACGAUAUCCUGGCCAGAGAAGAGUGAAGCGGAUAAUGGAUUUUUGCGCAAGGUGAUUCAAUGCGACACGUGUAAGCAUUGGUACCACUACGGCUGCGUCGGUAUCACGCGUAAAGAUGAUGGACGGCUGAGGGCCCGCGCGGUGUUUGUGUGUCCAGUUUGUGAAGUGCAUCCGUACCGUCGCCCGAAGAAAGGCAAAGACUCGAGUAUAUGCGCAAGACACGACUGCAAUAGACAGCAAACCGAGUCUGAAUACCACGUCUCGCGGAUCAUUGGGAGGCGCAAUAUCAACGCGGACGCGAGUGGCACCGCGUACCGGUGGUUGAUCAAGUGGUCGGGAUACCCAGUAACCAAAAGCACUUGGGAAACCGACGACGCGAUAUCCGACCCCGAGCUCCUGAUCAAGCGCUUCUACCAGGCGGCGAAGAAGGAGAAAGGCGUGGAGUUUGAUUUGUCUGUGAAGGAACCUAUUUUGUUGAAGGAGGCUGUGAAGGUUGGGUGGUGGUAA